CUUCUAAAUUGGGACACCUACUCAAUGCCGGGUUUCCAGUAGGCGCAAGCUCCAGCCGCGUUUCGUUUGUCGCCGGCAUUCGCCCACGAGCAGCUUUUCGCCCGAAUGGCGAAAGCAUGGGGACAGAGCAGCGCACUGAGACGACCCAAGGAGGAGGAGCCCGGCUGGGCGAGCGCGCUUACGAGCAGUUGGAGCUCGUCCUUUCCGUCCCAUGCGACGGACAGCAUCGCCAUACGCAGUGCUCCAAUCGCUACAGCGCUUCCGUGUGGCCGGCGGCCACGUUGUGGCCGCGCUCAGCGCGUUACAGAAAUGCGCUGCCUGGGAACGGGCGCUGCUGGUGCUGCGCGACGUGCGGAACGACGACCCGCAGCGCUUGGCUGCCUACAACUCCACCAUCAGCGCCUGUGAGCGGAGUGGUCGUUGGCCUUGGGCCUUGCACCUGCACCACGACAUGCCGCGGGCGAAGUUGGUACCCGACGUCAUCUCGUACAGCGCGGGCAUCAGCGCCUGUGACAAGUCCGCGCGCUGGCAGGCCGCCCUUGGCUUCCUCGCCGAGAUGCGCGCGCGGCGCGUGCGCCGGGACAAGUUCGUGUGCGGAGCGAGCAUCAGCGCCUGCGCCAAAGGAGGCGCAUGGCAGCGGGCGUUGCUUCUGUACAAAGCAGCGCUGGAUGAAGGCAUCCAAUGCGACGCCAUCAUCUACGGCGCGAGCAUCAGCGCUUGUGAGAGGGGCGCCCAGUGGCAGCUCGGUUUGGCGCUGUUCACUUUGGGCCCUCAAACUGCGGUGACCUGCGCAGCUGCAGUGAGCGCCUGCGGCAAGGCCACGCGCUGGAGCGCAGCGCUGCAUUUGCUCGGCUGCGGGGCUGCGGCGGAAGUGGCCAUGUGCGCCGCGAUCAGUGCCUGUGCCAGCGCGGCACAGUGGCGCUGGGCGCUGCACCUGAGAAGCUCCACAAGCUUCGCCCAGGGGGCGGCCGGCAACGGCGCCAUCAGCGCCUGUGGCGACGCCAGGCAGUGGCAGCUGGCCUUCGAUCUCUUGGAGGAGAUGAAUGCCUCUCAGAUAAGCACCCGCACAUCUUACAACGCCGCGAUCAGCGCGUGCCACUGGGACAUGGCCGUGUGGCUCUACGCGGACAUGCGGAGGGCGGCGAUAUCGCCGGACACCAUCACUUUCAAUGCGCUGCUGCAAUGCACGGAGCGCUGGCAAGUGGCGCUGGCGCUUUUGUGGGACAUGGAGCGCCUGAAGGUGCAGAAGAACCUCAUCACUGCCGCGGCGAGUCAGAAGCUGUGCGAAGAGCGCCAGAUGCCGAAGACGUCCCCGCAGAACGCGCCACGCGCCAAGUUCUCGCUCCCUGCCUUGCUACUGGCCAUUGAUCACGGGCGCAGCGUCUCGAUGAGCCAGGCUUUACCAUCGCUGGGCGCUGAGCUGGACACGUUGCCCUUCCUUCGCCACCUCCCGAGACUUUGGCUGGAGAGUUCUCGCGGGCGCAAAAAAAAAGCGCGCGCCGCCCUGCCGAGUUCUCGCGGCUAUAGCGGCGCCGCGAAGGAUGUCGAGGCAGGGGGCGACCCCCUGCAAGCCCUGCGUCGCGGCACCAAGGCGGCAGAGGAGACAGAGCAGCUGGCGCUGCAGAGCCUCUACGCCCGACUGCAGGACCUGUGGACACUUGACAUCAGGUUGCAUAUGCAGCCUAUCAAGUUGGCCCGGGACUGCGUGCGCUUCGCCGGCGGCGCCGAAGCACUGGAGCGCCAGGUUCGCGAGACCCGCGCCAAGGCCGUGCGAGCUGUCCGCCCCUGGAUCGAGCUUCUGGCAGAGCCACGGCAGUGCCGGGAAGUGAGGCAAGCAAUGGAGAUCAUGCUCCAAGAGACCCGGGAGGAAUACAACACGACCCUGUCCAUGAAAACUGCCAAGGCGGAGGUGGUCCAAGAGCUCCAGGACCGUUCCAGCCAGCAGGAGUGGAUGAUCAAACAGCUCCAGGAUGCUGUCGAGCUCCUUGAAGACUCGCAGCUUUGCACUGCUACCGCAGCCAUGGACUUGGAGCUCUUCUUCCUGGACGCCCUGGGCUCGCCGAUGCCCCAGGAGUUGUGCACCCGCGCUGGCGGCUGUUUGAGGGCGCUGGUGCGGUGUGGCCGCGCUGCUGCGAGAGUCCUGGAAGCGACCGGCGAGGCUGAAGGCGAGGAGAGCGAUGUACCGGAGACAAGCCCUGAGGCAGUGACGUCAGUGGCAGAGGAGCCAGAUGGCGAGGCAGUCUCGUGCGAAAGCCCCAAGGAGGCGAUCGAAGCCGACCCCGUCGCUGGCGCCGGCGCCGGCAAAGCCGCCCAAGGCGGCGCCGGCCACGCGGACUCCGCGGGCGCCGGCGCCUUCAGCGAAGCUCCCGCGGAAGAUCGCGCGGAGGAUCGCGGGUAUCCUGAUGGCUUGGAGGCGCAGGAGCCUUCCAACUUGUUGCGCUUGGCGCCUGCAGAGAUGUACGAAGGGGUGCCUACUCCAGGCUUCAGCGCCUUAGACUCUGCUGCCAGGUUCCGAGACUUCUGGCGGCCCAUCGGAUAUUUGGCGGGGAUUGCUGACUUUGAGAAGCUCUGCGUGCCGCAUCGUGUAGCGGUUCAAUGUCAGCAGCUUUGGCUCCUCAGCGCCGGGUCGCUUCGCAACGCGAAUCCUGGAGAUGGCAAGCCCGGUAUGAACCGAGCCAUCCUGGGGCGUUUCGGUGUGGCCGGCCACGACUUUGCGGUGGUGCUGAACCAUGUCUCAGUGGAGGUGGAGGUCUGGCCCGCCGACCUGUAUAUGGAGAAGUGGCGCUGGAGCAGUGUUCAGCUUUACACCCCUGGGCCGGAAACGUGA